UAGUCGGGCAACUUUUUGUUGCUUGGCCGUAGCUGCCAAUGCGUCGUAGUUGUCGGCCAAUUCAGAGAAGCUGCUCCGUGCAUUCGUCUUCAUUGGUGGGCCGGAGGGCCUCCCGAUCGACCAGCCCGCCGAUCCCGUGCAACAGAUACGCCUCCGGCCGUCGGCGUCGGCGCACCGUGAGCGACACCACGCCGCGUCCCGUGCCGCUUCACCACCAGAGUCGGCCGUCGUGCCCGGCGCCCGCCGACCCGUUCCGCUUCCGCGAGAUGGACGCGCUCACCGACAUGGGCGUCGCGUACGCUCGUCAGGUGCGAAACGUGCGCCGCGCCGUGCUGGCCGACACCGGAGCCCUGCGCCAGUUCACGAGCCCCGGCCGCAAGGCCGUCGAGGAAGUAGAAGAGGGCCUGUUCCAGGUGCAGAGGAUGCACAGUCAUCUCGUGGCCAGGGCCAACAACCUGGUGUACAGGUUACAAGACGUCUUGCUUCAGGAAGAGUCAAACAGACUGAGAAAACAGAUGCAUUGGAUCGCAACAUUGCCAGCCGAAAAGCAGACAUCCCAGGUACGGGAUCGGGAACACGAUCUGAUAGUGAGGAUAGUACGGAUAGUGAACAAGAGGGACGCGAUCUUGGCCGAGCACCAUGUGGAGCAGCGAAGGGCCGCAAACGAGCUGCGUCAGAUGGAGAAGGAGUACCAACGGUGGCGAAGAGCCUUGGGCGAUGAGGACUCCGAGUUCUGGGGCGAGUCAUCGGAAACCUACGAUCUUGGCGCCCCUUUUCCAGACUGGACGCGGCCCUCGACGGCGACGGCAACCAGCGCGAAGAAGUCCACGAGCAAGACGUUCCUGACGUUCCACAGCUUCAAAAGGCGUGUGGCGAAGACGGUAGGCAGAGUGGCAUCGCCGAAGAAGAAGAAGGGAAAACGGUCACCAGCGGCACCGGCACAGCCGACAAGCACUGAACUGUGUUGCUCUAAGCUGUGAGGCCUGCGGUUGUCUGCUUGUGCCCAUCACGUGUCUUUUCGAAGACUCGUCUACAGGGUGCCGCUACUUCGUGCUUCCCAAGUUCCGCCGCUUCCGGUUGCGUGUGUUUCGCGUGUUCGCUUGCACGUGGAUCAUGGAAGGCGUCGCGAACGCGGCAUUUGACUCACCCGCUUUGACAAGCGGGCAAUCGGACACUUGUGGCUACCUCGUGCUGUAUUCUGUGCCUUGCACUGUUGUUGCUACAGUUCCUAUUCAGAGACUAUUUUGAUGAAUUAGAGCCCUGGGGUAGGUGUGUGCCAAGCAUUUUCGAAAAUGACUUUCGCUUUUCUCUACCCCACCCCUUUCUUCGGCAGCUUAACUGCAGCUCGAAGUGCCGAAUCAAAUGUGCCAUCUGAAAGCCACAGUGUCGCUAAUGAAAGCAUGUACAGUGCAAGCUGCUGUUUUGAGGAACGCCCGUUUGAAUGUACCGCGACCAGCUGCACACAGUCAUGCUAAAAAAGUGGCACAAAAAAAAAAAACUAACGGGGACUACAGGAGAUCCAGUGCUGGGCUAUGCGCAUCUGCUUCUGGACAUCCUGCACCUGUUGUUUUAUCAAAGUAUGUUCAACCUGCAAGCCUGUCUACACUUUUGCAGCAAUCAAUUUCUUUCAAAGGGGGAAUGCAAAUUUUUGUUCUUACAUCUUAUGUGCACUUCGUAUGUAAUAUGAGCGACAUUUUUUUUUUCCAAGAAGGUUAACCCUUUCUGGGCCAGUUGCGAGGAUAGUUGCCUUCAAGAAAAUUGCUGUUGCAAUGCUUGCAGUUCUUGGAACUAGUGUCCCUGCAGUGCUUGUUAAUCGUAAUGCAUAAGGGUUUUAUAUUUGCUACUGGUUUGUCAAAUGCUCCCGUGAGACAAGCUUCUUGUUGGAAAAUUUCAGUACCAACUGGGGGAACAGACCAGGAGGAAACGUUCGUUGCAAACCGCCCCCCUCUGUUGGGGGGUACUUUUUUUCUGGUUUAGCAUAAUGGACACAACAAUUGGAUCAUUAUAAGAACAGCCAUGCUGUCUAUCCAAUGUACGCAAAAUAUUGUAGUACUGUUGUACACUUUUUAUUGCUUCUGACGGCACUGAAUGGGUUUGGCUACUGCAGUUACACUGAAUUAUUUUCUCAAUGUGCUCUUUGGAGCAGGUUAUACUGCACAUUGGUCAGGUUACAUUCAUUUAGCUGCAUUCAUUCUGGUAUGAAUGUGUGAACACAAACAUCUACUUAUGAGCUUAAUCUAGUAAUCAAAAUCUCGAAUCAACACAUGGUCCCCAAGAGGCAGGUGUCAAGUCAAAGCUUGUCUGCUAAUCAAUUGUGAACAUGUAGGACUGGUUAACACGUGCUUGAACACGAGUGUUUUUCAUGCCGUAGUGGCUUACCAAGAGGUCGCAGGCCUAAUCGCCCCUCCCCUUGCUGUGGCAUUCCAACCAGGGGCAGCUUAAAAGUGUUUGUGCACGACCCUUUGGGGUCACUUUAGUUAGAGAAUUACAAAUUAUCAAGGUUAACUGAACUUUAUCAUCCUUCGUAGCUGGUGUGCUAGUUGGUUAGCCAUGGUAGCUUUCGGCAGGGUGAAUCAGAACGUGAGACAGCACAGAACGUAGUAAUAGGCAAAAACACAAGCGUUGACAUUUUUUCUAUUCUUACGUUCUGUUUCAUUCUUGUUACCGAUGCGCACUGUUAACAUUUUUUUCUAUUCUUAUGUUCUGUGUCAUUUUUGUUACCGAUGCGCACUGCUACAAGCUAUAACUUGCAUGUUACAUUGGGCAUUAUACCUGAGAGCUCAUUCCACUUAUGUUUUCACUUGAACUCUGUAAAACAUACCAUUGCUGUGCCUGGGAAUCUAAGCCGUAAAUUCACCUUUAAUGCCCAAACACGAAAGCAAUCGAACCACUUCAUUAGUAUAGCUGUAGCGCUGUAUGAGAGCCUUGAAUAAAUCUGCACCUCCUGCUGCAACUUUCAAAGCAACAGCACGACGCUUGGUUACUACAUAACUGCACUGAAACACUACAUGUUGUGGCCUUUUUGCCGCAGUUCUGCAUUUUGACAAAAAGUAAAGUAUGCAAGAUGCAUUACAUGCAGCGAGUGCCUUUCAUGAGCCAUUCAAAAGCUUAUCAGUACCAUCUGCCAGACUUUCAGACGUGCCUGUACUUGAGCAUCUGUGUCUAUGUAGCGUCGUAGUAUUUGUCAGUAGAACAGCUGUGAUGCAUUUUUAACAUGCAGUUGUACACCUUUGAGUGUGCUCCGUUAAAGCAUGUGUUGACGCGAGCAGCAACACUCUUGUUUUUCUGUUCUAACGAGCAUCACUGAAUCUAGUGGUUCUCUCUCUGGGCAUUAAUGGCAGUCUUAGUCUGUCGAUGAGUGUGUCAUUGACGUCGAAUUGCUGCUACAUGGCUGCCUUUUAAACGUGUAGAUGCCUUGGUGUAAACGUGUAGAUGCCUUGGGGCUGUCAGUGCCUAUGCGAUCGACGAGCUAUGUCAAUCUUCGUUGUCAAGUGGCACUUGCAUAGUUACCCUAUGACAAUGGCGUGUAGUGCCUUUGAUGAGAUUUGAAUAUUAUUGGCGGCAUCGUUUUGUUGCUCGCAAGCAGUCGUGAAGCAGCAAAUUCAUUAACUAGCGUCAUACUGCAAAGCGGAACAGGUGUCCAUGAUAUUCUCUUUUAUGAUACCUUCGAAGCGCAGCUGUCAGCAAUGCAUGCAGCUCACAAAAAGCAAGGUAGAGUUGAGUUUAAUACGCGCAGUAUGAUGCACUGUCCAAUGUUAAAUGUUGAAAGGUGGUCACUACAGCCAUAGUAAACAUGAUUAGUUAGUACUCCUAGUCCUGUGGUAUAUUACCGGUGGUAUCAUACCUGUGUGUCUCUAAGGCUCUAAUCUCGCAAUGUACAAGUGUUUUGUUCGUGCGCUCUUUGAUGACCUCUAGAACGCCGUUUCGAGCUGCCGCGAUGUGCAUUGGAGAGACUACUUUCCUCACAAAAUAAGCUAGUUGCUUUCUCCUAACAAAGAAUGAAAACAGCGACACAGUGCCAUAGCAUUGUGUGGACCUGCUGAUAGCGGCUUGUAACAUUCAUAGGCAACCAAUGUUUUUACUCGUUAGUGUUUUGUAAAAUCUCAUGCUUGCAACAGCGAUGUGGGGAACACACCCUCGUGUAAGCAUUUCCGGAAUAUUGUGGUUAUUUUCGGUUAGCGAUUCCUCAUCAGUGUGUUCCAUAAAUGUAGCUACCUUCACACCAAAGCAUUUCUUCCUGUGAAUGUUUCGAUUCCUUUGUGCAUGUUUGAGGACAGGAUUGUUGGCGGUAAAAGAGUCCUUCAUUGCUGGCUUUAGCUUGCUAUGUAAUGAUAGUGGAUGCUAUAAUUUGAACAUAUUGGUAAUGGCAGCUGCGUCACUUCAUGACAUCAGAUUCCAGGCUGUCAUUUAUUCGUUACCGGGCGUAAGUCUCUGAGGUAAUGGCUCAUCGAUUAAAUAGCAAUAGACUUUGUACUAGUGUCAUCUAGACAAGAAAUGUCAGAGGUGAAAGCUCACAGGUCAUGGAACAAAGAAAGGUAAUUUCAGCCAGAAAUGCAAUGCGCUGGCCUCUAGCAUUGCAUUGGGGAACUGUGCCGAGAAGUGUUCGCUGUAUUGUCAGUUGUUCAAAUUACACUAAACAUUUGCAUAUUCACCUAGUAAGCUAGGCGGCACGUGUGAGGCAUCAAGCUUGAUUAUUGCAAAUAAUCGCAACAUCGACAUGACAUGUGCACAUAAAGUCAAAUGAGUGCUUGGAAUGAAAUCAGUCUAGACUGACGUCAGUUUCUGACUCAAUAUUUCCCUUAAUGCAUCGCACUAACUUUGCCAACAAUGUGUUAUGCUGAUAUAAGCAACAACGUGUUUAGAACAAAUUUACCAAAAUCAUCGUGCCCUUGGGAAAUUAGCAUGCUGAAUGGACGGCUGUAUUUUGAUGCUUAGUGUCCGUUGAGUUCUUGACUGCACUGACACCUUGCAGACUUGUGUUAACAUCUUUUGCUCAGAAUCGAUGUGUCAUGUAGGAAAUAAUCUGCAUUGUAGAUUGCAGGACGUCAUCUAUGGUAGCUGAGCUAUGUGUGAUGCAUAUGUUGACGCCAUCUGCUUGCAGAUCAUUUCUAUUUACAUACCUGUCUUGUUUAUGAUUUAAAGGCAGUUCUGGCAGCGCGUGCCUAGCUUGUGCUUCCAAAGAAGUCGACACCUUACUCAAGCCUGAUGCAGCUCGUGUGGAAAUCUGUUGUUCCUUAGGCUAUGACAAGGUCACUGCUACUUCGGUGCAGUGCGUUAUUUUGUAUGUGACCUUUUUGUGUGACAAUGUGUUGUUGUGAAUAGGUGUGGCACAAUUUGACAUGCGGCUUAACUUUGCAUGAUGUGACGUAUCAGAAGUUUCUCUAGUCACCGAUACAUUGUUGCUCAGUCACAUGCAAUGUACAGCAAGGAGUAUUUUUACCAUAUUGAAUGUUUGGAGCUUUGCCCUGAAAUCCGAAAGAAUAAAUUUUCUUGCAAAGUGCUUCUACAA